AUGGAGGAAUCGACGCAGACCUCCUCGCCCCCCCCCGCUGCCGAAACGCUUUCUCUCUGGCUGACAGUUCGCCUCCAUCCUGCGGCGCCUCUGCCGUCUUCUCCCUUCUCUCCCUCGCCGCCUUCCGCUUCCUCUUCUGCUCCCUUUUUCCCGGCACGCGCCGUGGCCGACUUGUCGGAGUGUCUAGACACCCCGAACUUCAUCCCGCACAUCACGCUGCUCGGUGGCGGCUUGAAGCACCUGUGUCUGGAUCAAAUUACUGCGAUCAUCAAGAAAGCGGUCGGCCACGAGAGAGAAGGCCAAGAUAAAACUACCACCGAAGAACGCAAGACGUGGAAACCGUUCUUCGUUCGCGUCGCAGAAGUGACGAGCGGCGAUCUGCCUUUCCAGUGCAUCUAUGCUCGGAUCCGGAAGCCUGGUGAGCCUUCUCCGGGGCCCUCUCCCGCCAAUCCACUUUCUGCGAGUGCGGAGACGGAACAGCCAGCGGAGAGACUCCUCGAAGACGCUCCAGAAGAACUUUUCGCUCUUCAUGCGAAGCUGCGUGCUGCGCUCUACGACGCCUUCGACGUGCCCUACCGCGGCGACAACGACGCGUACAUGCCCCACGUCAGCCUGGUGUAUGCGGAGACAGCGCAGCUGUCUCUGGAGAAGCGCCGCUUCCUCGCGAGGAUCUUGAACGACACAGAGGAGAUUAAACACGCCGAGGAUCCGUCUUCGACUAUGUGCGUUUCCGCCGCAAAGGGUGCGCAGGCCGCUCCUGCGUUCCUGACGCAAUUCGAGCAGGCACGAGAACGCUUCGGGAAAACGAUCAGAGGAACCUUCGUCUCGGUGGAGUCGGUCGAGGUUGUCCAAACUCCCCUCGGAAAAUGUUCCGAAGCUGGAAGGUGGCGGAUCCUGGCGUCGAUUCCUCUCAGAGGAAACGACGCGUGA